UGAAAUGGUUUUUAAGUUGUAGACAAGCACAAUGCUGAAUGCCACCUAAUGCCUUCCAAGUGAAAACCAUCUUCUUGAAGAAGAGUCUUUAUAUAACUGAGAAGAUCUAGAGUUGUGAGAGCAGAUUUGAUGUUCUCACUCAGAGAGAAAUGUUAUUUUCUUGUGUGGAAUAUUGCAUACAAACUUAUUCAAUGAAAACUUUUCACUUAUUUCCAGAGAACCUCUCUGGAGCAGGCUACAUUAUAAUCCACUAAAAGGUUAAUUUCCUACCACUUGGAGCAUUUUCUCAAAAUGGCUGGGCUUUCCAUUAUACUACUAAUUUACUUUAUUAAACAUCUUGCAGUCUGUUGGGCAUUAGUAAUCUUGUCUUCGUUAAAACAUACCAUUGUUCAUUGCAUCCCACUGAGAUGACACAAUUCUUAAUGUGUCUUCAGUACAUCAUAUUCUUCUGCCAUGGAAAUCAAGAUGGAUGAAUACUUUGGUAUCUAAACUAUAGUGCUUCUGACUUAUUCACAGCCCAAUGGCUCUUAAAACACAGUUGUCUGCAGGGGAGAAAGAUGAUUUGACUUUCUAUGAUACUUAUUAGGAAGGUAAAUUUAAUGUUAUAAAAAACCAGAUACCUUCCAAUAAUCCAAAUUUUCUCUUCUUUUUUCCAUUUUUUUGGGGGUGGGGGAAAGGAAUGGGUAACCAUCAAUACCUGUGAUUUCAUUAGCCUAGAGAACUCUGGGUAUGGAAACUAUAUCCACUGAAGAGAAACAACUCUUCUGUAACUUAGAAUUUUGGAAGAUUUUCUGGGACCCUUCAAGGUUAUAUGACUUGCCAGUGGUCAUGCAGCUAGCAUGUGUUAGUGGCCAGGUUUUUACGACUCCCAAGCUAGCCUUUCUUAUAUUUUCACAUGGGUUUAUUUAUGUAAAAGUACUUUUAGAGAAAGUGGUAUAUCAAAAGAAGUGUCUGUGUAUAUAAAACAUAAUAUUUAUGUGUUCAAGUAUUUUGAAAUUAAGAUAUGCUAAAUUAACGUAUGUACAUAGAAAAAGGACAUUGAUGCUAAAGAAAGAGCUCUUUUAAAUGGACAAGAGCAGAGUUAUAGGAGACUGCUAGCAUAUUGCUGUAAAGGGUCUUUAGGAGAAAAUAUUUUUAGUGAAGGGCUUGUCUCUAAAAUAUGAAAAAAAUCAAGUUCUGAACUUAUGCUUCAGUGAAUCUAUUUUAAAGCAUAAAACAGCAAAAAUGUAUUCAAAGCAAAUUUUAUAUUCACAUUAAGCAUUUUGAACCAAUAUUCUAAAAUAGGUAUGAAAAUUUAAAAUGACUUAAUCAAAGUUGGUGUUUUGAGCACUUUAGAAAUGAACAAGUGCUUACUGUUAUUUUUUCCCUAAAAACUUACUACUUAUAUUUUAUUGUUUGAAGACACAACUCUUGGGGGAAGCAUAGUGCUGAAUUAACUGUGUGGUGCAUUUGGAUUAAAAAUAAGCUUUUAAUUUGUGCACAGUAUCAUGGCGAGGAUUAUGAGGCAAAGUAGAUGAAGAAAUAAAUGUAGAUAAAGUAUCUUUGAAGGGCUCUUCUUAGAAACAGAUAAUUCUAAGGAUUUGAGUUUAUCCUGUUUUAGAGAUCUGACUGAAUGAAAAUAAUGCUCUCCUGGUCUACAUUAUUUCUUUUUAAAAAUAGAAUCUCUGACUCUGUCUCUUCUCUACCUUGUUUUGAAUGUUCUCCCUUAUUCUUUUAUUCAAUACUGUAGCUGUUUAUAUUCAUUAAGUUUUGUCUUGAGAUGAUUUUAUCUUUUUUUUAAAUGGAUGUGACAUUUGUCAGUUUUCCAGCUGGGAUGAUCUUCAUCUGUAACUUACUUACAAAAUCCUCAUUAUUCUUUUUAUCAAGACAUUUGGGUGGAUACCUAAAAGGCAGUCUGUCUGAAUAGUGUUUCCAGCUCCCUUGUUCUCUUCCUACAUAAUACUUCUGAUCUAAAUUUUAGAAAGCAGACUUGAAUAGAGUCUCAUCUCUAGGAAUUUUCUUAUUACCUGAUAGUUGAGAGACUCAGAGCAGUAAGGAAGGGACUUUCAAAUCAGUUCUCAUUCUGAAGCUUCUGGGUUUGAAUGAUUCUUAGUUUCUUUCAGUUUUCAGGUGGAUUUCAUCUGGAUGCUUGUGUAGUUGCAAUUCAGGAGACAAAGAUCCAAAGAAAUUGCUUUUGAAAUAUAAAAAUAGCCCUAUAUUAGUGUCAGAGAAGAAAUAUUAGUGUUUUCCUGACAGAACAUUGAGGAUUUAGUAGGCUAGCUUCUUGACUAUAAAACCUUUUAUUAAGGAAAUUGAAAAGGAUAUUUUAAGGCAAGAGUUCUUCACCUAGAGAUGACAAACUUUUUAAAGAAAUAUUUUGAUAACAGUAUUUCAUUAUGUUUCCUUUGUAUUCCUAAGCAUUUUAUUUUAUACAUUUAAAAAGAUUAAUCUGUGAAGGGGGUUCAGAGGCUUCCCCAGGCUGCAAAGGAGUCUAUAAUACACUCAAAAAAGAUAAAAUCCCUUUCAUUAAAGCAACCUUAUCUAGCAUUAAAAUUAACUAACCACAUGAAAUGAGCAUGACUCCCAGAACUGUCCAGAGUUCUCAGUUCUCAUAGCCACUGAAGGAUCUGCCCAACAUGGACACAGACUGGUAAGGCAGCUACAUUAAUAGAAAUUCUUAUCUACUCUCUGUUGGAGAUAAUCUGAAAGGAUCAGUGACUGUGGCUUCUUUUUUAGGGCCUUCAAUUUCUGUGGCCUGGAACUACGUAGUUGCUACAUGAUCUAAGUUAGAAAGUUAUACCCCAGAGCCACAGAAAGGUUUCUUAGUAAGGUUGCAGAAGCUAGUCUAUGAGAUAAGGAUGUGGGAUAUUGUUUUGCACAUCUAUAAUGAAUGGGCAACACCAAGGGUGUAUGAGGACUGAUUGUCAUCUUAGCAACUCAAAUCUACUACAUAGGUCAGGAGGAGAAAACAUUCUAUGGGAAAUGGUUAUCUUUUCAGGAGCUAUGCCCAAUUCUAGUUUUUCUUUUCCUUAAAAAAACUUUUUCCUCUUAAGGGUAUAAAAAGUGCUAAAGAGCCAGUGAACUGUGUACCAGUGACUACGUACUUCAAUUAUGUGUAUAAAAACACAAGCACUUAGUCUUACCCAUUCAUUCAUUUUCAUGGGAGCAACAAGUGAUCAGUAAAACAUUCUAUAGCUUAUUAGGCAUGCUGGUUCUAUAGAAUGACCUAAGCCGUGUAUUCUAGUCAUUUGACAGCUGAUUCCUCCUCAAAAAGCCUUUUCUUAGCUUAAACUUCCCGUUUAUCUUUGCAUAUCAUCCUCAAUGUUCUGGGGCAGGACCCCUGCCCAGGAUUUUGGUGCUUUAUUCAAAAGCUAACAGGAAUGUCCCCCCAUUCUUGGGGUAAGAUCUCUAGCUCUGUUUCUGGGAUUGUUUCUGUCCACCAGCUCUUGUGUAUCAUAUUGUUCUUCCUUCGGCAUAUACUCUGCGCUAUCUCGUCUCAUGAUAAUAAUAAUGAUGAUGACGAUGAUGAUGACAGGUAUUUGUUGGCAUUUUAAGGUUUUGACUGAUAGGCUUUAAUUUGAUCCUCACAACAGCCCUGUGACAUAAUUGUUGUUAUUACCCAGAUUUUCCAGAUGAGGAAGCUGUCCAAAUCAGGAUUUAAACCUGCAUCUUCUUGACUCCAAGUUUAGCAUUCCAUUUUCUGUGCUACCAUGCUCUCUAAUAAAUUGUUUUCUCUUUCCUCAAUACAGUUACAUGGGCCAUAACCAUAAGCAUGCCAAAAUGCAUUCCAAUUGAACUUUAAAAAAUUGUGCAGAUUUUAAAAAUAUAAAAACAAAAUUGACCUCUUUUAAAAUUGUGUUUCGAAAUGAAAAGAAAUUCAUUUUUAAAAUUCCACAGAGAAAAAUCUGUGAUUCCAAAGACAAGUGGGUCUUAGUGCAUCAUCUUUUACAAAAUAUUAUUCUAGGAUAAUCUUGACAUAGAGCAGGUAAAUAAAAAAGAUGAGCUGUGAAAAUCCACAAAUAGGUCUUGAAUGCCAUUUUCCAUGACAACGGGCACUGCCCCAUGAAAGCAUUAAUGCUGGGAAUGUAAGGAAUUUAAAAUUGUGCCUUCUCAGUUUUACUGUUGUAUGCUCAUGUUAAUUAGAGAUAUACUGACAUUUGAAGUAUCUACAUUAAUACACACAGCUACUAUACAUUUGUGAACUGGGCCCAGAAAUCUACUUUAAUUGAAAGCAGUUUGCUAAUCCGAAUGUGUAUAUCUAUUACAUUUUAAGCAUCUUGGUUUUAUAGUCUAGGGUCCUUGGCUACUUGUUCUUCCUUCUGUCUAGUCUUCCCUUUCUGUUUCCAGUUUAUUUCCAAUCUGAUAGCCCAGUUUAUUUACCUAAUCUGCCAGAGAUGUUUGGCUGCUAUGUAUAUGCUUUCUGUGUGGCUUUUUGUAAUUUUUAUUUCUGAUUUUUUUUCUAUUUGAUAUACCAACUACUGAUUUUGAAUACUCUGUUUUACUUUUCAUAAAUCAUUGGUUUGUCUUAUAAACCGUCUGUGCCUUAGCAAGAGAAGAAUUACUAGAGUCUUUAGGGUGAAUUAGGGCAAGAGGCAGGCUGUGAAAUUUACUUCCUUGGAAGUAUUUAAGUGUGAGUGAGAGACAGAAAGACAGAUAGAUGGAGCUUAUCUCUCUCAUAGUUUGAGGCAGAUAAGCCUUUUUUUUUUUUUUGUCAUGGGGAUGGACUAAAUGUCCUCUGGAAUGCUUUUCUGGCUCCAGGACUCUAUGUCUUUUCUUUUGGGUUCCUUAAAAUAAAAUUAAAAGUCCAUUUUUAUUUUUGCAAGCUCAUCAACUAUGGGAAUCUGCCUGUCAGGAUUUCUAACCUAAUUGUUUUGUGCUGGUUGCCUAAUGAAACUCCCACACUUACUUGCCUCUCAGGCCAAGCUCUGAGGAUUGCACAAGACCAGACAGACAGAAGCUUCCUUUCCAGUAGGCACCAGAAUGAACUGCUCCAAAGAGCAGUCAUUUACAAUGUUUUGGAAUGGCUUCAGGGACUAAGCUACCUUCUGAUGGGCCCAUUGAGCACUGGGACCAACAGGGAAGGGUCACUCAAUAUGGUUGCUCUAGUCUAUUUUUAAUCUUCAUUAAUCUCUCCCAGGAAUCCAGGCUUCCGAGUUCUUUAUUCUUUCAUGUUGCAUGCUACAUAUUGUGCUACCCCAGCACAUUCGGUAAUUUCAAGUUAAUUGCUCAAUUAUCAGUGAUAGUCAUAAAGCACUUGACACAUGCGCAGUUGAAGAUUCAAAAAAUUUCAAAAUAGGUUGGUAUUUCAUAAUCUUAAAUAUGAAACACGCCAGUAUCUGCAAGCAUAAAAAUACACAGCGAGGCAUUUCAGGGAAGGCAAAAACCUACUCUUAAAAUCAGAGCUUUUGUCUGGUACUGAAAUGUUUCAUCUUCACUAAUUUUCAAACAUCAUAUCUAAAUCUGACCCUGGUUUGCCUCAUAACUGUCAAAAAACUUGUAAUGGUUUAGAAAGGAGAAUGGAAGGAAAGACUUAUUGCUGAUCUAAAUGCAACAAUGGAACCUUACAAGAAUGUUCUUCAUUGUCGAGUAGAGCUUGGUGUAUAAGCCAGAUCCUUCUUGGAUACCAUCCAGGGGAGUUGAGUGGAUUCACCCAUUAGACCAUUCUGUGGCAUUGACCCUGAGGAGGCUGUUAUAGCGAGGCUCCAGUGAAUUGAUAAUUUGUCCAAAAUUUUUAAAUGUAUGGAAAGUACAUUGAUAGCCCUUUGGGAACUUAUUUUGAAUGCUAUAUGAUAAUGUUGUCAUAAGCCUCCAGGUUAGCCUAGCUUACAUAUCAUGGCAAAAUAAUUAUUGCAACUCUUUUGGAAGCCAAGCAAAGUGUCAUUAGGUUUUUGCAUUAGUAUUCGGUUUAGGGUUUUCUCUAAAGUAGUGCUAACAGCUCAUUUUUUAGAUGCUAUUAUAGGACUUUCCCAUUUUUAUAGUACUGUAGUAAAGCUGAAUUUACUAGCUACAUUCGAAGGUAGAGUGAAGCUGCACAAGAGUCAACAUUAAAGUGAUUCACUGCCCUUUGGAGGAAAAGUCUUCUUAACUUGAGAUUGGAUACAAUAUGGGGCUUGGGGGCAAUUUCAUAAGAGCUACUAAUAAAUUUGAAUAUUGCCAACAAAAGCUGCUUUUUCAACUUUCGUUUUUUAAACCAAGCAGAGCGGCCUGUUUUUUUCUUCUGGUACUCUCAAAUAAAUCUCAAUAGCAUUUAGAGGAAUUAAAGAAAAUAGAAUCAGUGGUCAAAUAGAAUUGUGGUCCUGUAUGUAAAGGGGUGAAAAGGUUCUAGUAAGAGAGAAUUGAUCCUUACCUGGAAAUACUGCUAAAAAAACAACUGUUCUCUGCUAAGUAACAUUUUUUCCCUCAAAGAAUGCUGAAACAGUAUAGAAGAAUAGAAAUACUAUGCAUGGAACUAGAAACAAGUAGCUGGGGCAUUCCUAUUUCUAAACAUAUUCUUAGUUUAAUUCUCAUUAAGCUUUACUUAUUGCUCCACAACACAUUACCUUCAGCAUUCCAUUUGCCUACAACAAACAUUUCAUUAUAUUCUGUGGCAUAAACACAGAACCUUCCCUCCCCACCCCACCAAAUCCUUGGAGCCAAAGCAAAAGGGCUGUACUGUCAUUUUGCAUGUUGUGGUUAAAUAUUUCCAGUGUAGACAAAAAUGUAUGCAUCUUGAUCUUCCUGGAGUUUUUCAAAAGUGAUUGUGGCCAUUGUGUUGUGAAAGGGUUAAUUUCUGAAGCCUGAGAUUCCAUAGACAACUGGCAAGGAGGCCUUGCCCUCAAGGUUUAAUCAGCCACCAAAAGUUUAUUCUUAUGAUGUAAUGCCUGUUAUUAUUAUUAUUAUUAUUAUUUGUUCAGCACUGACAGAAGGUUUGGCACUCUGUUGAAGAGAGACUAAGAGAAGAAGAGAUGGUCUCUACCCUAAGGGCUUAAAACGUGAUAUGUUACUAGAGAGUUUAUGUGGGUGGAGUUUCCUUUGGAAACAGACUGGACUGGAGUUAGCUCUCUCUUCUCUCUCUCUUUCUCUCUCUUUUCUGCUCACAGAGUUUUAUUUAAACUCAGUUGAAUGAAUCCAUUAAUAAAAGCAGUUUUUCUAUUUUUAAUUCACCUCUGGGCUCUUUUCUACCUUUGGAAUACACAAACACAACAAAAAGGUAUGUCUGACAGUUAAUUAUUAUUUUUCCCCUUGGAAUUCUAGCACGGCAGGUAAUUAAGAAAUGGCAUGAAUGGAAUCAAAGUUUGUGCCCUUAUAACUGCCUACAUCAGAAAGAAAAUAGCUUAAAAUGAAAAUAGGACAUUUCUUUUUAUGUGGCAGCAAGUAGAUAAUACAGUGCUUACUGGCUUGGAUUUUUAUUGUUGUCAUGCCUUUUAUGUGUUAAAGUAUAUAAUAAAAUGAAAUGUGGAAUUCAGAUAUGCCAGUCCUCCCUUGUGUGGAGCUUUUCUGACCAUGUGUGUGUAUAGAUAUAUAAUGUGUAUUUUUUAUAUUAUGUACAUUACAAUGUGCAUGUUUACUUACAAUAGAGAGAUGAUACAAUUGAUUGCAAUGGAUAUCUCCACAAGUUUGCCAUCUAAAAUACUAAGUGCAGAAUCAAUGAAUAGCUAAAAACUUUAAAGGAUUUAUGCAUUAGGAAUGGUGUCAUUAGGAAUUCAUGGAAAGAGGGGAGCAUGAAUUGUGGUUGAUUUAGGGAACGAGUCAGGCUAGGUGAUAAUGGAGAAGAAUUUAGAAAUUGAAGAUCUGUGGAAGAGAAACAAAGAGAUGGGAAGAAAGGAAAAGAAGAGAAUGGUGGGUGGUGAUGAAUUGAGAGGAAACUGGGAAUUUGCAGAAGACUUUAAAAGUAAUGUGAAGGAGGGGGGGCAGCUAGGUGGUUCAGUGGAUUGAGAUCCAGACCCAGAGAAGAGAGGUUCUGGGUUCAAAUCUGUCCUCCGACACUUCCUAGCUGUGUGACCCUGGGCAAGUCAUUUAACUUCCAUUGCCUAGCCCUUAACACUCUUCUGCCUUGGAACCAAUAUGCAGUAUUGAUUCUAAGGUGAAAGGUAAGGGUCUUAAAAAUCAAUCAAUCAAUCAAUCAAUCAAUCAGUAAAGAUAAAUGUAAUGUGAAGGACUUACUGGGGACAAGAUUUGUGGUUAUAGUUUAAAUUGCAGAAGAAACAUGUUUCUCCUGUCUUACAAUAGCAAUCUCUAUGUGCUAUGGAGAUGGGGGAUAAAAGAGGAAAGGAAAUGGAAAUAAAUGAAUCUGACUGAUGUAGGACAUGUUUGGUGAGUCAAAAAAUGGAGCAGAGGACUAGUUUGGGAGGUAGAAAUGCUGUUUAGAGUUGAACAGUGGUUUAAAGACAGUUAUGCAUUAUAUUUUCCCCCUUUGAACUGCUUAUUGACUUUACUGUGAAUCUUAGAGACUAAAAUUAAAAUGUUAAAAAAUAAACAAAAUUAAAAUGUAUUUUAAAUGACAUUACUGUUGCUUAUAACAUCCUCAAAGGCAGAGAUUGUUUCAUUUUCCUUUGUGUCCCUAUUGUUUAAUGCAAGACUUUGCAUAUAAUAUAAGUUUAUUGAAUUAUACUGUUAGGGAAAUGGGCCCUACUCUAUAAAGAAAUUAUCAGAAAAAAAUUUUACCUUUAUUUUUAAGAAUGCAUGCAGAGAUUGAAGAAAGCAUGUUAUCAAAUUCCACAAAUAUUUGUUGAGUCUGUUCUCUGUGCAGGGCACUAAGCUGGCUGUUAGAAAAAAUAUAAUCACUUCCCUCAAGGAUCUUACAGUCUACUGGGGUGAUAAAACAUAUAAAUAGAUAAGAAAAUACUAAGUAAUUUCUGGAUAGAGAGGACACAGAGUUGGAUGAAUAAGAAAAAGUUUCAUUUAGGAAGUGGCAUCUGAACUGAGCCUUGAAGGAAGUUAGGAAUUUUGAGAGAUAGAUAUGGGGAAGGAAUGUCUUCUAGGGCACUUUAGCCUAUGCAAAAGUUCAGAGGUUGGAGAUGACAUGUUGAGUUUGGGGACCAGCAAGUAGGGCAAUAGUUAAAAUAGUCUGUAAGGGGAACUAUAGCAAUGUGAGAUGCCUGGAAAAGUAGGUGAGAACUAGAUAAUUGAGGACUUCAGUGUUAUUUUUUAAUUUUUAAAUAAGAAAUUUUUAUUUAUGUAUUUUCUUGAAACAUGGUCUAGAUUUCCCCUUCGAUUACUCCCCCUCCAUCCUCCCAGAAAACCAUUCCUUACAACAAAGAAGUAAACAGUAAAUAAAAAGAAGAUAAGGAAAAAAAAUCAGCAAAACUGAAUCAUAAGUAGAAAAAUUCUGAUUUUAUAAGCAAUGUUUUUAUCUGGGGACCAUCCCCCUUCCCAUGCUGAGGAGUAAGGAGGAUUAUUCUCUUUGGAUCCAAAUUUGUCAUUUAUACUUCUACAACAUUUAAUUUAGUUAGAAUAUUUUGUGGUGGUUAUACUUUUUAUUGUUGUAGUCAUUUGGUAUACUGGUUUCCUGUUUCUGCUUACUUCACUUUGCAUAAGUUCAUGUAAGUUUUCCCAUGCUUUAUUCAUCAUGUUCAUCAAUUCUCACAGUAUAGUAAUAUUCCCUUAAAUUCAUGCAUUAUAAUUUCAAAGUCAUAUUAAGAAAUUUGUAUUCUAUGCUGGAGGCACCUGGCAGCUACUAAAGAUUUUGGAGCAGUGAAUGACAUGGUUAUACCUUUGAUUUAGGACUAUUUGGUGACAAUAUAGAGGGUGAAUGGAAAGGGGAGAGAAAGUAGGGAAACCAAUCUCAUGGCUAUUAUUAUUAUUUUUUAAAACCCUUACCUUCCAUCUUGGAGUCAAUACUGUGCCCUGGUUCCAAGGCAGAAGAGUGGUAAGGGCUAGGCAAUGGGGUCAAGUGACUUUCCCAGGGUCACACAGCUGGGAAGUGUCUGAGGCCAGAUUUGAACCUAGGACCUUACAUCUCUAGGCCUGGCUCUCAAUACACUGAGCUACCCAGCUGCCUCUGGUGGCUAUUAUAAUAGUCUCUGUGAGAGGUGAGAAGGGCCUAAAUGGCUUUGUGAAUGGAUAGAUUCUGUGGAUGGAGAAUCAAUAAGACUUGGUGCUUGAUUGGAUUUUGGAGCUCAAGAAAAGAGUAAGAGUCAAGGAUGCAUAGCUGGGUGACUGGAAACAAGGCUGUGCCCUCAACCAAAAAUAGGAAAUUUUUAUUGAGGGAUUAGUUUGAGAAGAAAUAUAAUGAGUUCUCUUUGUGACAAGUUGAGUUUGGGAUGCUAAUGAGACACCUAAGUGUAGUUGGUGUGCUAGGACUGGUAUUAAGGAAAGAUAUUAGGGAUAUAUAAUGACUUGGGGGGUCAUCUAUAUAAAGAUGAUAAUUGAAAGUUUAAGAAAUUAUCAAGAUAACCUAGAAAAAAAAGAGAAGAGGGCACAUAAACCCCAUCUCUUCCUCUUACUAUUUGUGUGAACUUUGGCUAGUCAUUUAAUCUGAAGAUCUCAAUUUCUUCAUAUAUAAAAUGAGAGAGUUGGAUGACCUCUUUUCAGCUCAAAAAAUAAUCUAUAAAAAUCUGUAACAGCUAGCAUCUAUAUAAUAUUUUCUUUUUUAACAGUUUGCAAAGAGUUUUAAAAAUAUCUCAUUUCAUCCUACAGCUCUGGAAGAUGGGUGCUAUUAUUAUCUCCAUUUUACAGAGGAUAAGACUAAGGCAUACAAAAGUUGAGUGACUUGCCCAGGGUCUCACAACUAGUAAUUAUCGGGGGUCACAUUUGAACUCAGAUUUUCCUGACUCCAAAUCCAGUACUUUAUCCUGAGCCACACCAGUGGUAGUUGCAUGAACCUGUGUAGUUGUAACUAAUUUUUUUUAGAGGAGGAUAAAUUGGGGUUAAUUAUAUGACCCCCCCCCCCUUGACUUCAAGGGAAAUUCUAUCCCUUUGGAAGCCUCUGUCUGAAAGCUUUUUAUUCCCAUUGUCAAUGGAAUGUUUUGGGAUUCCGUACUUUAGCAUUUUGAUGGAUCUGUGUUCUCAUCAGUGUUGGCCCUCCCACCAGCAGUGCAGAUGACAUCUCCACUCUGCUUUCAGAUCCUGUGCAACUCUUGUCCAUGUCAUACCUCAAGAUGUUCACACCUGUCGUCCUGGUGGCUCUUCCUCCAGGUCUCUUGACAUGAUGCAGGGAGGAGGAGCUGAAAUUGUCACCUUCACUUACAAAGAAGAACUAAGCUUAUGCUUCAGGAUAUAAAACCCAGGGCUUACUACCAUGAGACCAUUAGGAAGAAGAAUGUCUUCCAAGCAAGCCGCCUCUCCAUUUGCCUGUGCAGCUGAUGGAGAGGAAGCGAUGACCCAGGAUUUGUCCGCUCGGGAAAAGGAAGAGGGCAGCGACCAGCACGUGACCUCCCACCUGCCUCUUCACCCUAUCAUGCACAACAAACCUCACUCUGAGGAGCUACCAACUCUUGUCACCACCAUUCAACAAGAUGCUGACUGGGACAGUGUAAUCUCAGCCCAGCACCGAAUGGAAUCAGAGAAUACUAAGUUAUGUUCCCUCUAUUCCUUCCGAAAUACCUCUACCUCACCACACAAGCCUGACGACGGGGGUCGGGACCGAGAGAUAAUGACUAGUGUCACUUUUGGAACGCCAGAGCGCCGCAAAGGGAGCUUGGCAGACGUAGUGGACACCCUGAAACAGAAGAAGUUGGAAGAGAUGACCCGGACUGAGCAGGAGGACUCAUCCUGCAUGGAAAAACUACUUUCAAAAGACUGGAAGGAGAAAAUGGAAAGAUUAAAUGCCAGUGAGCUUCUUGGAGAAAUUAAAGGUACCCCUGAGAGUCUGGCAGAGAAAGAACGGCAGCUCUCCACCAUGAUCACCCAGCUGAUCAGUUUACGGGAGCAGCUCCUGGCUGCCCACGAUGAACAGAAAAAGCUAGCAGCCUCCCAGAUUGAGAAGCAGCGGCAGCAGAUGGACCUAGCUCGCCAGCAGCAAGAGCAGAUUGCGAGGCAGCAGCAGCAGCUUCUGCAACAGCAGCACAAAAUCAAUCUCCUGCAGCAGCAAAUUCAGCAGGUUCAGGGUCACAUGCCUCCGCUCAUGAUCCCAAUUUUUCCACACGACCAGCGGACACUGGCGGCAGCCGCUGCUGCCCAACAGGGAUUCCUCUUCCCCUCUGGAAUACCAUACAAACCAGGUGAUAACUACCCCGUACAGUUCAUUCCAUCAACAAUGGCAGCUGCUGCUGCUUCUGGACUGAGCCCUUUACAGCUUCAGAAAGGGCAUGCCUCCCACCCACAAAUUAGCCCAAGACUAAAGGGCCUAAGUGAACGUUAUGGCAGGAAUUUGGAUACCUUUGAACAUGGUGGUGGCCAGUCUUACAACCACAAAAAGAUUGAGCAGCUCUAUGCGGCCCAGCUGGCCAGUAUGCAGGUGUCACCUGGGGCAAAGAUGCCAUCUACUCCGCAGCCACCAACCACAGCAGGGGCGGUCUCACCUACUGGGAUGAAAAAUGAAAAGAGAGGGACAAGCCCUGUAACUCAAGUUAAGGAUGAAGCUGCACAGCCACUGAAUCUCUCAGCCAGGCCCAAGACAGCCGAGCCUGCAAAGUCCCCAACAUCUCCCACGCAGAGCCUCUUCCCAGCCAGCAAAACCAGUCCGGUAAACUUGCCAAACAAAAGUGGCAUUCCCAGCCCCAUUGGAGGAAGCCUGGGAAGAGGAUCCUCUUUAGAUAUCCUGUCCAGUCUCAACUCACCUGCCCUAUUUGGGGACCAGGACACGGUGAUGAAAGCCAUUCAAGAGGCUCGGAAGAUGAGAGAACAAAUCCAGCGGGAGCAGCAGCAACAGCAGCCGCACGGCAUCGAUGGCAAGCUCACCUCCAUGAAUAGCACGGGCCUGAACAACUGCAGGAAUGAAAAGGAGAGAACACGCUUCGAGAAUCUAGGCCCCCAGUUAACAGGGAAGUCAAAUGAAGAUGGGAAACUGGGCCCAGGAGUCAUUGAUCUGACCAGGCCUGAAGAUGCUGAGGCUCCAGGCCCAGAUCAGCUGACUAUAGGAACAUCAGAUAAACUGACCAGAAGUAAAGCCGUGAAUGGCUCUGCAGCUAAACUACAGCAGUAUUAUUGUUGGCCAACAGGAGGUGCCACCGUGGCUGAAGCCCGUGUCUACAGGGAUGCCCGGGGCCGGGCUAGCACCGAACCACACAUCAAGCGACCAAUGAAUGCUUUCAUGGUUUGGGCAAAGGACGAGCGGAGGAAAAUCCUUCAAGCCUUCCCUGACAUGCACAACUCCAACAUUAGUAAGAUUCUAGGCUCUCGCUGGAAAUCCAUGUCCAACCAAGAGAAGCAACCGUAUUAUGAAGAGCAGGCUCGGCUAAGCAAGAUCCAUCUAGAGAAGUAUCCGAAUUACAAGUAUAAACCCCGACCAAAACGUACCUGCAUUGUUGACGGCAAAAAACUCCGCAUUGGAGAGUACAAACAGCUGAUGAGGUCUCGGAGACAGGAGAUGAGACAAUUCUUCACUGUAGGGCAACAGCCUCAGAUUCCCAUCACCACAGGAACGGGUGUUGUGUAUCCUGGUGCUAUUACCAUGGCGACUACCACACCAUCUCCUCAGAUGACAUCUGACUGCUCCAGCACCUCAGCCAGCCCGGAGCCCAGCCUCCCUGUCAUCCAGAGCACUUACGGCAUGAAGACAGACAGCGGAAGCCUGGCGGGGAACGAAAUGAUCAACGGAGAGGAUGAGAUGGAAAUGUAUGACGACUAUGAAGAUGAGCCCAAAUCAGACUAUAGCAGUGAAAACGAAGGUCCCGAAGCCGUCAGUGCCAACUGAGGAGUGUUUGCAGAAUCAAAAUGCUCGGACUGGGUUUUUUUUUCUUCUUUAUUUUUUUCCUGAACAAAAAAAAAAAUGGUCUUAAAGAGCCCGCAUGCAUUUGUGGCUCCCCAAUUACAUCAGCAGAAUGGUCUUAAUUGUUUCAUAAUGUGUGAGACAGAUGGAGUUUUCCCUGAUUUUUCAUGAACUUGUGUUUUUUUGUUUGUUUUUUAUUUAGGUGAAGACAUAUAUUAAAUAUGAGACAUCGGGACUUGAAAACUUAUCAGAAUUCAUAGCUGUCUUACCAGUCUUACUUAUUUUUUUUGGUCUUUUUUUUUCUCUUUUGGAUGUUGAUAAAGGUUUAAGUUACUGUUUUUAGAUGGGGUUAAACAUUCUCACUCAGGUAUGCUGUGCCGGCCUACAGGUUGUGAAUGUGUUUUUAUUCUGAAUUAUGUUAGCAAACAACUGCAGAUUUCAUCUUGUGAACGCGAGCAGAAUGUCUGCGGGCACGCGAGCACAGCUGCGUGCAGAGCACUUAAAAAAAGGCCUCUGAAUUCCAUUUUUCCAUGUGUAGAGUUGAACUUCUAAUGUGCCAAACUUUUUCAUCACUCUUGAAUCUUAAAAAAAUUUUUUUUGAAAGUCUUAAGGGAGACACUGCAAAGUCUUAGACAAUCCUUUGGCAUCUUAAAAAAAAAAAAAGGAUAACCACAGGUUGUAUUUUUUCCUUUUUUUUCCAGAAAAUGGUAAAGUACUCAGGAAUCUGGAGACAGGAUAUUGUAAGGAGUGAGCUUGGUUGCCACCGUGCAUGUACCCAACUGCUUUUGCCUCUCAAUGUGCCAUCAGUGUGUGACAUGACAUGACGUGACACGACGUGAUGUGAUGUGGUGUCCACACAACACAGAGCGCUCACCAGUUAUGAACAAGGCUGCUUGUCCCCACGUGAGGCUGCCUCUCACAAUCCCCAUUACCCUUUAGCCUUUAACCCUGGCAUUCAGUCUUAAACAUAUUUUCUCUUAAAUAAUUUAUUCAUUCCAGAAUGUCAAGGGUCCAAUGAUUAUUUAUUUUAAAAAGCAUUGUUGGUGGCAUUAACUUAACAAUCCUUUUUUCUACCCUUCUACCCCAAACUCCCCAAUCUCCUUAUUUUUUUGGUCCUCCAUUACCUGCUACAGACAUAAAAAUGUAUGCAAGGAUUAUAUGUCCCCAGAACAUCUGGAAGCAUUUCUUAAACAUAAUGAUAAUUCAAGUUAAUUUUUUAAGCCAAAAAAAAUAUUAUUCUUUACAAUAGGGAGCUGACUACAAGGCUGGGUACUUGCUGCCCAAAUGUAGGUUCCUACAACUGAGCAGGCGAGUCUUCUGAUUUCCCUUCCUAUGUCCGAAUUCUGUGGGAGCUGAUCUCAGCAGGGGAGGAAGAAGAUGAGGAAGGCUUCACGGCCCCCCAGCAGGAGGGCCAUACAAGGGAACCCACAAGCCAAACCCCUAGUCCACACUUUCAGGCCCCAUGUAGGAGCUACCCAUGAAGAGUGAGCCAGUCCUGGACAACAGGACCAGCGGUUGUGUGGGACUUAAAUUUGUUUAUAAAAUCCCAAGGACAGAGAGAAGUCACCCAACAGCCUCCAUGCUGCAAGUAGAGAGGUAAAUAGUGAGUCAGGAUGCAUUUGGGGAAUGAAAUGUAAACUUUGGAGGAGCCAAAGGAGAAUAUUCCCUUAAUGAAAAGUUCCUGCUUUUAGAACCAAGGAACCAAGAGCUCAUGGUGGGGCAGAAGAAUUUCCUUGGCUGCCUCUCUUACCUACGCAAAUAAUUGGGGUGCACACAAUCAGCCGUGUGUGUGUGUGUGUGUGUGUGUGUGUGUGUGUGUGUGUGUGUGUGUAUAGAAUGGAAGAUAAUGUGCAGAACCUAACUCACUGGGCACAUGCAGCACCCAUCCCUAGAGAGGUCCCCCACCUGUCUGUAGGACCCCUGAGCUCUCAAUGAUACCAGCUCCCUUCUAGGCUCAAAAGCUCAGCUCUCCACACCCACCUCCUUUCUCCCACCUCCUGGAAUCAGCAUAGUUCAUUUUGCUUCCCCCACCAUUUUCACUUUCUCCAUUUGGAAAGCCAAUGACCAGAUCUGUUCAUCCCCAGUGGGACAAAAUACAAGCUCAUUACUAGGACAUAGGAACAAGGCUGUCAGAUUUCUUGAGCCAUCUCAUCACUUGAAAGCAACUAGAGGAUCUUUGUAUUUAUUUUCUCCAAACCCAAGGCCAUACCCAAUAGCAAUAAACAGGUCUAGCCUAGAGGAGUCCAGGCUCCAGGCUCCCAUUAGCUGGUGAGCAUUCUUUACAAGCUGAUUUAGGUACUGAGACAAGUUGUCUUCUUCACAUCAGUUGGGGCUCAGAACUUAGUUUGGAUAUGUUUCGCUCAGAAGAGGAGGAGGAUUACUUACUAAAGAUGGACUAUUUAUUAUAUCGUCUUACUGACUUAGCCAGUUUGUCACCUCUCCUUAAUUCUCUCUCUCUUACCGACCCCUUCCUACUCCCCACUUCCCAACACCUUGCUUGCUCCUUCCUUCUUGGUUUUGUUGCAUAGGUAGAGUGCUGUAUGGCUAGCAUUGUGUCGUCUGUAAUUAAUUUUGCACAAAGGCAAACAUUUAGAGUAGUUGGUUAAUUUUGUUUUGUUUUAUGACCACGCCAAAAUAAUAUUCUGGGCUGGUGGAGAACAAAGGACUGUUCUUUAGGACUGAAACUUGAUUUUGCUCGUAGUACAAACACACACACACACACACACACACACACACUCACAGAUGUUGUUUUGUAAGUGUUAUAAGCACUGGAUAUAAAUGGUAUUUUUUAUCACUUCUGACUAAUGUGAAACUGUUGUACGAAAAAUACAUGAACAAAAGUCAUCUGUUUCGACUCGUGUGGGCUUGCCCCACAGUUGCCGGAUUUGAGUCAUUUUAUGUCUUGUUAUUUCAUUUAUUUAUGCAAAAUCCAUGCGUGUAUGAACACUUUGUUGGAGCUGCAGCCCCUGCCUGCCUCAGUGCUGGGGUUCGGUCACUUCUGGCCACGUUCUUCAAAAAUGAAAGGCUAUUCAGGAAGGAUCUGAUUGUAAACGUCUCAUUCAUUGGGUCAGAUGGGAAAGUCGUAUCUGGAUCUCAAUGGUGCGCAUAAGCAGUUUAUCGUAUUUAUUAGCCAACUUUGGCUCUAAAUGUUGGUGGAAAUUAAGAAAGGACAAUCGUAGCGAUAGCUUCAUUUUACUUUUAUCGGGGCUCGAAACAAAGUCUUUUGAUGAAUCUACCAUCUCAUUUUAGAUUUUUUUUAAAGUGUAAAUAUAACAUAGGAAAUAGAAUUUUAUUUUUGGUUCAUGAAUAAUUAGUGAAGUAUAAGUUAUGUAUUUACUUUUUCUGUUCUGUAUCCAUGUAUGUUGGUCCAUAUUAAAAGCUGACAAGUCACUGUACCUCAUGCAAAUGCUGAAUUAUCAGAGUGAGAGAGCAGUGAGAGCGUAGGAUUGGACCUAGAGCUGGGAUAGCAAGACCCCUCACUUGGGCUCUCACUGAAUUUAGAAGACACCGUCCACAGACACAGACUUAUUAUUUUUUUUCUUAUAGAAAGCUGAUACAUUGAAAAUACCAAAUUUCCAGGAUAGCUGGUAGGAAACUCAAUUUGCUUUGUGAAUCCAAGCAGAAUGCAUGAAAUAGUCCUGUUACUGUUUGAUAGCAGAAAGCAUGAAUAGCAUUUGGGAAGCAAAAAAAAAAAGAUGUCUGAAGAUUAGACUCAUUAAUAAAGCCCCACCCCCUGCUCUGCCCCUACCAUACCCCAAUACUGAAUAGUUUGAAUAAUAUAAGACUCCUUAUUUGUGUGUCCAUUAGUUCAUGGUAUUGUCAUAUUGCAGAUGAAAAUGAUUUACACAUGUAAGAGGACGUAUGGGACUUUUCCCUAUCACUUGGAUUUGGGGCACCGGCAGGAAAUAUCCUUUUUAACCAUUGUGCCAUAUAGUUAAUGGUGGGAUGAUAUAUACAUAUUAUAGAUAUACAUAUAUAUAUACACUAUGUCUAUCCACACGUAUACCCAUACAUGUGGAUAUGUGUAGCAUAUAUGUGUAUGCAUACAUAUAUACAUGCUACUUUUGUCCACAGACUUUACCCCGUCCCCUAAAAUGAUUUAGUUGUGAAAUGAUCUAAUGGGGUGGGGAGGAAAGUCUGUGGACAAAAGUGGUCAAGCUAUUCCUGUGCUUAAUGAACAAAUGUGGUGUUUUUCUGUUUGGGACAAUUAUAAAACAUUUCUUGUUUUCAAAGAUACCCAGAUCAUGACAAAGUGUAAUCCCAUCCACCCCUAUGGUUCUCCUUUGUGAAGCACUGGUCCCAGGAAGAGGCUUGAGCUGAACCACCAGUGGGUCCUCCCACAUCUGGUUCCAAGCUUAUCUCAGGAAGGGCUAAAGAUGUCUGCCUUCAAACCUGGGAUGCACUAGGCCCAGCGAACACCUGGGUAUUUAUUUAUCAGAGGGUCAGUGAGUUACCUUGUGGUGUCAACGCUGAAAUAAAACUUUGGGGAGGUCGGGGUAAGGGAUGGCAGGUUGCUCAGAGCAUUCUCACCUCAACCAGGGAGUGGGUGAGCCAUCAAUAGGCUGCCAUGGUUCAGAGCAUGCUUCUCCGUCCCCUGAGGAGAAACUCAUUCUGGCCCCAACACCACAGUUUAGUUCGCUCCCCUCCCAUUCCAGUUUGACCGAAUUGUUUUAUAAGAGAUGGUUUUCCUGAGUAAUCAACGAGAAAAGUCACAUUGCCAUUUGAGACCAUGCAAGAUACCUUGUGCCCAGUGCCAUUGAUUGCCCAAGAAUCGCAGCUGGAUAAAUGUAACCUGAUGCUUUCCUGGGUCUUCGUUUUUCCUAUAAAAAGGGACAAAUGGUGCCCCCUCUCUGAGGGACCUUCCACUGAUAUUCAUUUAAGAAUGGACUUGGCACUCCCACCCAUUUUGCUCAAAGAAUCAUUGUGUCUGACCUCAUCUGCCCUCCUAUGAGUUGUUUCAUUGCCUUCUUGCCUCCCUCCCCAUCCCAACAUGCCUUUCUUAAUAAAUGAAUUCUCUCUGUGAUUCCUUUUGACCAUGUCCCAUUUUUUUAAAUACUGUAUAAUGUUAGGACCCCCAGGUGAAUGUGAUAUAAUAAUUGAUCAUCAGAAAUAUCAAUAUGCAAACAUUUGUUUUCCCUUUCCCUUCCAUCAGGAGCUGAGCCGUUUGUUCCUGAAUUCCUGUAUUUUGGAAGCAGGCAACUCUGGUUCAGAGAGUGGGGCAGAGCAAGGGUCUCCAGGAUGGGGGAUGGGGGCUAGGGGUUGGAGGUGGGGUUGCUCAUUGAAAGCUAUUUUCAACUUGAUGUGGAUGGCAGUACACGAGCUUAGAGAGCAGCUGGGCAGUAAGGGCGUGCUCUUAAUUUCCUCUUUCUGAAGAACCCCAACUGAGGUCCAUGGUGCUCCUGGAUUAUGGGGAAUGUGCAAAUAUUUCACUGUGUGUGUAUGUGUGCACGCUGCCCUAGUGCAUUCUUUUCCCCUCAGGCCAUCCUUCUGUCCGUUUCCCUUCGUCAUGCGUGUUUUUGCUUUUUUUGAAAGCACAGGUUUUAUUGUUACCCGACCCUCUUCUAUACUGCCCCCGCUUGUAGCGUGAUAGACUCCUUAGCCUUUCUGUCCAUCCAUUAUUGUAUUUGCCAUGUAAAUUUUUUUUAUUACAUUAAGACAAGCUUAUAAGCUGUUACUACAUAACUUAUCUUACUGUAACUCUUUAUUUCCUGAUGUAAUUUGUUUGUGAUGUAUAUUGUGGGAUUGUACUCUAUGUUAAUUUAAUCAGCACAAUUCACUGACAUGCUGGACUGACAUGCUGGCUGCUGUUUCCAAUUGUAAAGUUUGUGUAGGGCUGUAGGGACAACUGCAACUCUGUUGUCAAGGUACUAUGCUCUGGUUCCUAUAGCAACACUGGGGGUGUGGCCCUGGAGAUGCUAGGGUUGCUGUUGAGAUACACCCUCUAGCAAAUUUUAACUGGCAGGUUUUCUUCAUAGAAAUUCUAUGUACAAUGCAGGUACCUACCUGGGCCCAUGGCUGGUAAUGAUUUGGGCGUUUAGAGGAAAAAGAUUAAAAAAAAAAACUAGUGUCUAUUGCUGCUUUGAAUAUGUUUUAAAGUCUGAAAAUGUAAAUAGUUUAUCAAAAAAAAAAUCUUGUACAGUCCAGUGUAAAGUUUUUAAAUGAACUUACAGGUUGCCAUCACAUCUUUCUCACCCUUUUCUCUCAACACCGAAAACAAAGUUUGCUAAGGAUAAAAAACUAUCGAUGACAAAGAAAUCUCUCGAGUUAAAAAGAAAAGAAAAAAAGUUUAAAAAAGAGAAUCAUCGUUCUUAGCUUCGUCGCAUAAACAGACUUCUUGGGAUUUUGUUGUGCAGUAUUGACGUGAGGUAAAUUGGAUAUUCAAUAAUCUCUCAGUGGUACUUUUAAAAGUCUUCUCCUCCUCCUCUGCCUCAGUAAUUAAUGGAAAAGACACAGUUGAAAGGCACACUGUCUUUAUUCUGGUGUAUGUUGGCACCCCUGCUACAUGUUCCUUUUUCUUUUCUUUUAUCUUUGUUUUUUUUCUUUUCCUUCCUUCUCUUCUUCUACUUUUUUUUUUUUUUUUUUUUUUUGCACAAGGUGCUUUCCUGAUAUGUUAAACAUACCAUCAUCCUCCGGUGAUACCGUAGAAUAUGCCAUGAUGGGGGUACAGCCCACCCUCCAGGGGAGUGUCUAUAAGAACUGCCUAUUUAUGCUCAUUUACCUCAAGACUGUCCUCUCUACCCUUAAUCUAGUCACCAUCACUCCAUCUUUUGUACUGCUGUUGACACUUACAAAAUUAAAGAUAAAUUUUGUUUUAUGA